AUGGAAAAUCAGUUUAAUCAAAUAAUAUAUUAUGUACAAGAAUAUGCAAAAGAAAAUGAUUUAGCUGGAUUAUUACUUGAUACUCCUUUAUCACAAAUAAUAUUUGUUGAAAUCUUUUUACAGGUGGCCGAUACAAUGAGUUUUAUUGCUAGUAAAUCGAUUGUACAUAGUGAUUUAGGUUGUCGAAAUGAUCUUGUAUUUCGAUUAGAUCCAUUAGUAGUAAAAAAUAAUUUAGUUAAAAUAACUGAUUUUGGUCUUGCACGUUCACUUAAUAGGUCAUCUAUUUUUGAGAAUUCAUGUAUUUUUCCAAAACGAUAUUGUGCAUUAGAAAUACUUCGAAAUGAUGGUCAAUCAAGUUAUACAGAAAAAUCCGAUGUUUAUUCAAUGGUUGUAAGAGCUAAAUUAGAUAAUGGAAGAUUAAAUAAACCACCUAUUUGUAAUCGUCAACUUUGGACUCUUAUGACAUCUUGUUGGGAAGAUGAACGAGAAUGGCUACCAAAUUUUGAAGAAAUUCAAGAAAGAUUAUCCGUCAUUGAACCGUCGGAAGUCUCAGAUGUUCGACAACCAAUUUCAUCAUAUGAACCACCGACAGGCUACACCUUUAAACUUAAUGUUGAUGUGUCAAGGAAUGGUUUACUAGGUGGCAAAUUCCGUAAAAUUUAUGAAGCCCAAUGGAUGUUAGAAAAAGGGACAGAACCAAUUGUUUUGAUUGAAAUGAAUGAAGCACCAACUGACUAUGAAGUAUUAUUCUACAAAGAACGCGACAAUCAUCAGCAUAUGAUCAGCACAUUCGGAUUUGUUACAAAUAAUUUCAGAUCGAUUAUAUUAUUACAAGAAAGAGCACAUCAUGGCCAUCUUCAAGAAUUACUACAAAACAAUGUAUUCGAACCAACAUCAAUGGUUCUCGUCGAUAUUUUCUUACAGAUUAUUGAUGCAAUGAUUUAUAUCGUCGACAAAGGUAUGAUACAUGGGAAUUUAUGUUGUUCAAAUGUUCUUGUCUUUCAAAUGGAUUCAUCUAAACCUAAAGGCAACUUUAUUAAACUGACGAAUUUCGCUUUAGCACGACCCAAUAUAUCAUCGAAAUUAGAGGAUAAACGAUUAACUAUUCCAGUGGAAUAUUGUGCACCUGAGAUUUUUCGAAGUGCAGGCCGAUUAAAUUAUUCUGAAUUAUCCGAUGUUUAUUUAAUGGGAAUAUUAAUGUGGGAAGCUUGUUCACAAGGCAAACUUCCUUAUGGCUCGUCAAUAUCAAACAAAGAAAUUCGACAGAAAAAAUUAAAUGGUGAAAUAUUACCUAGACCAUGGAUGUGUGAUAGACAAAUCUGGCCUAUUAUUAAAAAGUGUUGGGAAAAUGAACCUGAAUCACGAUAUAAAUUUCAAGUUCUGCAAACGAAACUGUCAAGCAUUAAUCUUGAAUCACAAUUUCAAUAUGAACCUGGUUUUGAUGUUAAAAUGAAUAAUCAACUGUAUGGUAGACCUGGACAAAUAGUUUAUGAUGCAGAAUGGAUGAGAAAGAAGAAAUCGCCGAUUGUAUUAAUUCUAAUAAAUACUGAAACAGCAAAAUGUGAAGCUUCAUUUUAUAUUGAGCUUAGUUCUUAUAAACAUAUUGUUCAUACAUUUGGUGUAGUAAAAAAUGAUCCUCGAUCGACAAUGUUAAUACAAGAGCGUGUUCCACAUGACAAUCUUCUAACAUUAUUAAAAAGGCAAAUAUUGAAACCAUCAACAAAAAUACUAAAUAUUAUACAUGGUGAUUUACGUUGCGACAAUGUUCUAAUCUUCAAGAUGAAUCAAUUGGAGACAAAAGAAAAUCUUAUUAAACUAACAAAUUUUGCUUUAACUUGUCCAAAUGAUCCCUCAUUUAUAAACAAUAGACAAACAUCUAUUUCAAUUCGAUAUGCUGCACCAGAGAUAAUUGCAAGUAGGAGUCAAUCAAAUUAUUCUGAAUUGUCCGAUGUUUAUUCGAUGGGUAUUUUAAUGUGGGAAGCUUGUUCAUAA